UGCCAAAGACACCCCUCUCUCUCUCUUCUUUCUCUCUCUAGAGUCAGACAAGGGUAUGGCCCAUCUCUCUCACCCCCUCUCUGUAUCUCACUCUCACUGCAGUAAUAUCCAUCUGUCUCUCUCUCCAGUAAUACCCAUCUCUCUGUUUCUCUCUCUAACACAAUUUCAUGUGCCGCUUGCCAAGUUGGUGUGGAUUGGUGCAACUCAUUCAAUGUUACAUGUUACUUUCGACCAUUCUGAGUUCCUUUCCUAUUGAUUUCGUACUCAAACGGUUGGACUUUUUAACAUGAUUUUGCAUUUUCUUUUUAUUUGGUAUCAUUUAUUCCUAUGUUUUCAUGGGUUGUGCAGCUUUUACUUUUACUGUUGAGAAAAUCUUAGCUAAAAGUACCCAUUUUUAGCUUCUCUGUUGGCAUUAUUUAAUUCAUAGUUUAAAUUGCAGCAAGAAGGAACCAUGAUUAUUUAUUCAUUUUUUUUUUAACUGGCAGGAAUUGAUUAAUAAUUCUUUUGAUUUUUCAUACUCUUUAUCUGUCAUUUAUUAAUAAUUCUUUUGAUUUUUCAUACUCUUUAUCUGUCAUUUAUUGUUCUCCCUUUGUAGAGAUAAUGGGUUUCAUCUUCUCGUGUAGUGAUUAUAAAUAGCUCAAGGGGGUUCCCUCUCUCUCAUAUUUUGCUUUGCCAGAGUUCUUUCUCUUGUAUUCAGAUUAUCUAGUUCAAGAGGGCUCAUAUUCUCUCUCUCUCUUGCUUGAUUUUAGCUGGUAUUGAAUAGUUCAAAACUGGGUUGUUUAAUGGGUUCUCUCUCUGUUUUUAUUUACCAAUUGGGGUUCAUGCUUGAUUUUAGCUGGUAUUGAACAGUUCAAAACUGGGUAGUUUAAUGGGUUCUCUCUCUGUUUUUAUUUACCAAUUGGGAUUCAUGGGGGCUCUCCUUGUACAUGGGAUUUGCCAUGCAGAUACUGUGCCUGGUUCCUUUGUCUUUGGGGAUUCUUUGGUUGAUGCAGGAAACAACAAUUACAUUGUUUCUCUCUCUAAGGCCAAUUACAUUCCGAAUGGCAUCGAUUUUUCGCCUUUACGGCAGCCUACGGGUCGAUUUACAAAUGGAAGAACAAUUCCUGAUAUCUUAGCAGGCCAAGAGUUAGGAUUGACUUCAUUUGCUCCCCCUUACUUGGCUCCAACGACUAGGGGGCUUGCGACACUUCAAGGGGUUAAUUAUGCAUCAGGGGCAGGGGGAAUUCUUAACGCCACUGGACAACUCUUUGGUGGCCGGAUCAACUUAGAUGCACAGAUUGAUAACUAUGCAAACACAAGGCAGGACACCAUUUCAAUCCUUGGAAAAGCAGCUGCCUCAAAGCUUUUUCAAAGGGGUCUCUUCUCUGUGACAAUGGGAUCAAAUGACUUUAUCAACAACUAUCUCACUCCUGUUGUUUCUGAAGCAGAGCGUAAAGUGUCCCCUGAUGCUUUUGUGGAGGACAUGAUCUCCAAGUACAGGCUUCAAUUGACAAGGCUGUAUAACUUGGAUGCAAGGAAGAUCGUGGUAGUGAAUGUUGGACCGAUAGGAUGCAUCCCUUAUCAAAGGGACAUCAAUCCAACAGCUGGGAAUGAUUGUGUUGCAUUUCCGAACCAAUUAGCCGUGGCCUUCAAUGGGCGCCUAAGAGAUCUCCUCCCAGAGCUGUCUUCAAAUCUCAAAGGCUCCAAAUUUGUCUUUGCAGAUGUCUAUAGCAUAGUCUCUGAUAUCAUAGAAAACUACACAAAUUAUGGCUUUGAGGUUCCGAACUCUGCAUGUUGUCGUGCGGGAGGGCGCUUCGGGGGCUUGAUCCCAUGCGGUCCAAUAUCAAAGUUUUGUUCAGACCGCUCAAAGUACAUAUUUUGGGACCCGUAUCACCCUUCAGAAGCUACAAAUCUUAUCAUAGCGAAAAGGUUGCUUGAUGGAAACUGGAAGGACAUAUUUCCAGUCAAUAUUAGAAAACUUGUCCAAGCUUAAGAUUCAAUACUGGUUUUCAUGGCCAUAGUUUCGAGACCUAAUUAGUCCCACAAUGCAGAUUUAAUUAUUUGGUUUUUGUAGUGAUCGGAUCAAUCGAAUGUUCCAGUCCUAUUUUUUUCAUUUUUUCAGCUGGAUUGAUGUUAAAUGCAUAUGCAACUCUCAUACAUAGGAAGUUAAAAAAGAUUCAAUACAUUUUUUUCUC